AUGCCAAACAUCGAUGAAAAUCUCGCUUUCGUACCAUCACAUGAACUUGCCGCGCUGAUUGCUGGCAAGCAGGUGUCGCCUGUUGAAGUCACUCAGCUCUACUAUGAUCGAAUUGAACGACUUGAUUCGCAGCUGAAUUCGUACCUCACACUGACGAAGGACGAGGCAAUGGAAUCGGCGCGGGCUGCUGAGGAGGCCGUGAUGCGCGGCGAUGCGCUCGGUUCGCUGCACGGCGUUCCCAUAUCCAUCAAGGACUUGCAGAUGAUGAAGGGUGUGCGGGCGACACUGGGUUCGCUCGCCUACAAGGACAAUGUACCCGCCGCGGACUCUGCCGUGGUGGAGCGCGUGAAAGGGACAGGCGCAAUCAUACUGGGCAAGACGAAUACGCCGGAAUUCGGCUUGCUUGGCGCGAACGAGAACCGCCUAGGUGACGACUGUCGCAACCCAUGGAACACGGAGCGCACAUCGGGGGCGUCCAGCGGCGGCGCGGGCGCGUCGGUUGCAGCCGGGCUUUGCUCGCUAGGCACGGGGGGCGACGGCGGCGGCUCGAUACGCAUACCUGCCAGCUUCUGCGGCAUCUACGGCAUCAAGCCCACCCAGGGGCGCGUCUCCAGCUUCAGCGGUGUUCCACCGGCAGCGCCGCUGGUGAAUAUCACCAGCCAGCAGGGUCCGAUGUCGCGCACGGUCAAAGACUCGGCGAUACUGCUUCAGGCGCUGGCGGGCUACGACCCGCGCGAUUCGUCAUCGCUGCGCGCACCCGUGCCCGACUUCGUUGGCGCGCUGGAUGCGGGCAUCAGUGGGCUGCGUAUCGCGUGGAGUCCGGAUUACGGCUAUGCGGGCGUUGACGCGGAAGUCGUCGAGGUGAGUGCGAGCGCGGCGCGAGUGUUCGAGGGCUUGGGUUGCACGGUGGAGGAUAGCAAUCUGGCGCUGGAAAGCCCGUUUGAGACAUGGUGGGUGUUCUUCUGCGCCAAUGUAUUCGUCACGCAGGGGCAUUUGCUGGAUGAUCCCUCCGAUCCGUUGACUUGGUACGGGCGGAUGGCUAUCGAGGACGGCAAGGAGUACAGCGCGGGCGAUUUCAUCAAGGCUAUGGGCGCGCGCGAUCGCAUGAUGAACCAGUUCGCCGAUGUAUUCGACGACUACGAUCUGUGCUCUCCCCUACGAUGGCGACAACUGCGUUCCCGGUGCAGGAGUACCCGCACGUAA